UAUCUAAACGUAACAGGACUAUGGACCUGAGCCUGCGAGACGCUCUGGGUGGGGGUGGAGGCGGAGUCCCAGGGGGAGCCCCCGCCGAGGCCCUGCUCAAACGAGACUUUGUGGCCACGCUGGAGAAAGAGAGCUACGAUGACAAGGUGGGAGAGACCGUCUCCAAGAGCGACUACCGACCCUUGCUGGACGGAAAGGACACCAAGAGUGGUCCUGGGAUGAUGUCAUCGUCAAUGUUAUCAGGGGGACGCCAAGACCCAACAGGACAGUCUGCCUUCAGCACUGACUACCUGUCUGGUCCUACGAUGGGUGGGAUGACAGAUCAGUGGAGCCAGAACAAGACAAAGGACAGCAGCAUGACUGACUCAUUUCUAGGAUUCUCUCAGUCUGGGAUGGGUGGGACCAACCUGCCACCGUUCCAGACCAGCAUGGGCUCUGCUCUCGGCCAGUCCGGUAUGGGCUCAGCUAUGGACUCCCAGAAGAGUUCAGGCCUGUUUGGUAUGGAAUCCAAAACCACCAGUAUUACCAGUGGAAGCAGCCCUUUUAAAUCCAGUGAGCCAUUUUCUUCCGGUGGCCCAGGAAUCCAAUCUAUGGAUCACACUACAGCUCCCAUCCUCUCUCCCAGCGGCUCAGUGGACGACAGCAGUCCCUCUUCCUCCACCUCUGAACCCCUCAGCCCCGAGAGAGCGGGACUGGGGGGCGAGGCUGGCAAGCAACAGCAGAGACGGAGGAAGAAGAAGAGGAAGGGCCGCGACGAGGUCUACGACUUCUUGGAUAGCCAGCAGAAUAACAUCAACCAAUCUGACAAGCAUGGGAUGCAGGACAAAGGUGGUCAGGAGGUGGAGGAGGAUGAGGACGAGGAAGAGAACUGGGAGUGGGAGAUCAGAGAGAGUGGAGGAGGGGGUAGAGUGAGAGGCAGGAAGGGUAAGAGUCGGGCAAGACUUCCAGAGGAGUGGGGAGCACCCCACAAGCCUGACUCUCCCACACUGGCCACAGAAGCCAAAGCGGCUGACUCUGCUCCUGCACAAAUACCCACAAGCUUCACCAACAUUUCCCAUGCUAGCCUUGUAACAGAUUCAUCUCCACGUUUUUAUGAGCCCAUGUGUGUAGCAGACUUUCCUGUGUCCACUAAAGAUGGACAAAAGGCAAAUGAAGAGAAAGUUCCAACCAGCAAACCUGAACCUAAUGUUAGCUUAACAGCUGCUGGCAACAAGAGUAGUUUAGCUGGGGAUGUUAGCGGUAGUCUAGCAUUGAUGACAGGGGACAAUCUGAGCCCUGUCUCCCAGACCUUCUCUUUCCUCGAUUCAGUCCUCCAGACCCCUCCAGGCUCCACUCCUGACUCACAGACCACCACCCCUAUCACCAACACCCCCUCCCUUGCUACCGCUCCCCUGGCAAAGUCCACACCAGCAGGAACAGCCGCCCCUGCUUCACAAACCUCUUCGGUUUUCAGCCCCUCCAAGAACACUCCAGACCUCCCUCCUGCUUCUGCUUUCUCCACCAAAUCAUCACCCUUAGCUUACGCAGAAACACACCAUCCUACAGCUGCAGUCGGGUCGGCCCUCAACGUCGAUGCCAAGCCUUUUGUCCCCUCAGCCUCACUCAUGUCCUCCACAGCCACCCCCACUACAACUGCAGCGUCCUCUGGAACUGCUGCUAUUGCAUCCACUACCACCUCUACCAUGCCCCUCUGUUCCACUAUUACUCCCACUAAAAGUGAAGUCACCCAUCUCUCACCGUCAGGCACUCCCCCUCAAGCCGUAGCCACCCCCUUUAGUACAGCCACUACAUCUCCCUCCAUCACCCCUGCAGCCCCUCCCUCUCUCCCUGCACACUCAGAGCACCAGGAGUCCUCAUCGCCACUGCUCCCCCCACUGGAAGUGAAAUAUGACAACAAGGACAAGCAGGAGAAGACAGACAUCAACAAGACAGAGAAGAUGGAAACCUCUGACAAGAAGGAGAAAGAGGAGCAGCAGAAGAAGGACCUCAGCCCAGACAAGAACCUGAAGUCUGAGAAGAUCCUUAAAGACGAGGAGAAAAACAACAAGGCCAACGAGAAGGCGGAGAAGGUGGACAAGCCCGAGAAGACCGACAAAGACGAGAAGAAGGGAGAGGAGAAGAAGCCGGAUGAGAAGAAGGACGAGAAGGGAGGGAAAGGGAACGGCAAGUCUCCAACAGGCAACGGCAGCAAGACCCUGCCAAGCCCUGACGGCAAGAGCAAGCCUGACGUGGGUUCAACCAAACCAAACUCCCGCCCAUCCACCCUCUCCACCAGUGGCGAGGCCAAAGCGGCCAAACGCCCUUCCCCCACCACAGCCUCAGCCAAUAAAAAAAGCCCUGUACCCAAGACCACCACACCCACCGCCACUAAGCGGCCGCCUACAGCAACAGCCAAGGAUUCUAAGACUCCAGAGAAUGGUACGGCUGAGAAACGCCCACCUGUGCCAAAGGCCACUCCUGCUCCCCGUUCAACUGCUACUAAGAACGGUUCCUCUGCGACUGCUGCGAGCAAACCUGCUGCAAGCAAGACUGACAAGACUGAGAGCAAGACAGGAGAGGCCAAGAAGCCCAAACCUACAGCUCGUCCUCGCCCAGCCUCCACCGCCACUCCUGCUACCCCACCUGCCACCAACGGUGACUCCGCUACCAGUCACCGCCGCCGGGUCCUCACCAAACCUCCCGUGCCCAAGCAGACCGCGCUGGAGAAAAAGCCACCGGUGCCCCGUGCUCCUCGAACCCCCAGGCCCAUCAACGCACCCACACCGGAUCUGAAGAACGUCCGCUCCAAGAUUGGAUCCAUCGACAACAUUAAGUAUCAGCCUGGUGGAGGAAAGGUCUCCUCCACCCCGAACAAGACAUCAGACCCCUCCAACCCUGCGGCCAAGGCCAGAGUUCAGAUAGUGCACAAAAAGCUGGACUUCAGCCAUAUCACGUCUCGCUGUGGCUCCAAGGACAAUAUGAAACAUGUCCCUGGAGGUGGCAAUGUGCAGAUCCUGAAUAAGAAGGUUGAUCUGAGCAAGGUGACGUCCAAAUGUGGCUCCAAGGACAACAUCAAACAUAAGCCAGGUGGCGGUGAUGUCAAGAUUGAGUCCCACAAGCUAAACCUUAAGGCUAAGUCUAAGAUUGGAUCUAUGGACAAUGUGGGUCCCGGCAAUGGACAGACCAACGGACACAAGGACGAGAAGGCAGAGGAGAAGACAUCACCACCAAGUGAUGCUCCGGCAACCGGACAAGCAGGCGUUGCCAAGGCAACAGCACCAGGAGGUGUUGCUAAGGAGAAUGGGGUGAAGGAGCCCAUAGCUACUCCUUUUGGGGGGGACGGACUGAGGGAGCCCCAUAGCAUAGACAAACGCAUCACUGAGACAAAUUGAGUCUCAGUGACCCGUAGUUUUUUGGCGGGACACGCAUGGCGCUCGCCGACCUGCCAAUCAACCGACCAACCAACCUACCACGGCGCAGUCACUUCCCUCUGGCCCGCCCUCCAUCUCGCCCACCGCAGCACCAAACUGACCGUUCGCCUCUCAGUGUUUCUCUGGGGUCCGCCGCCUGCCAGCUUCCUGCUAUCAAUCCUGACCUUUGACCUCUCAGUGCCCUCGGGUUGACCUUUGGCCCUGCCUACCACAGAGAAGAGCACUUGCUGUUUGUCUGUGUUUCUCUGUGUGGGGUUCCACCAGCUUCUCGACUGACGAAGUUCCCUUGUAAGCACCCCGACCCCGAAUCUAACAAC